AUGACUGAUUGCUUUAACCCUGAACCAAUUAUGCUCCGUAAUCCUACUUCCUUAAUAGAAGAUGAAAAGGAAUUGAUUGAAAUCACUCAGCAUCUUGCUCCCGAGCAAUUCCAAUAUGAAUUCCCUCCCAAAUCUCGAAUCAUGGCCAUCGAAGCAGACGAUAUCGAUCAAGAAGACUUUUCAUUCUUUGAUGAAUGCUCGUUUACUUCAAAUUCAACAGCGGCAUACUCCAAUAUUCUCUAUGAAGAAGACGACGAGCAAGAGGAAUAUUACAAUGACUACCAGAAUUCAGAUCAAUUGCUCGACCAGUAUCUCGAUUCAUUCAAAAACUUAGACAUGUCGUUUGUAGCAGACAACCAACUCUCGCCUCUUCAAUUGCCCAUCCAGGCAAACAGUAACAGCAGUAGCAGCAGCAGAAUCCGUGAAGAGUCGUAUGAUUCUACUGGCACCAUCGUCCUCUGCAAAUCAGCCGGCUCUUCCUUCCAAGCUGCCCGCCCAUCUUCCUUCCUGUCGUCUCAUCAUCACAAGCAAUUCUUGGAGCGUGUAGCCGAGGAAGAUAGAAUCAAUUGGGACAACAACUCGUUCACGUUUCCCGAUUACUCCACCCCUCAAUCUGAGAACGACAAAGCUUAUCGUAGCGUGCAUCCUUACUACCGCAGUCGAAUGAAUUCAGAAGCUGACAUGUUCUGUUGUCGUGAUGACGAUCUCGUCAGUCUGAGUGAAGACGACUCCAGCAACUACUCCAACAACUCCAAGGUGGUUGUUAUGAAAAUUAGCAAGUCCAAUGUGUCUCCUCCUACGUUUAUCCACUUUUCUCCAUCUGCUGGCAGUUACAUUAGCUCCGAUGAAGGCUAUGAUGAUGAAGAUGAUGUCCAAGACAACCACUGCAAGCCUAUCGAGUCUGCCUCUGUAUUCUUACCCUUGUCAGACCAAGAGCAAGAGUACAUGAUGCAAUUUGAUGAUCAUCGUCAUUUGGCUGCUAUUAAAAUUCAAUCUGUUUGGAGAGGUUACAUUUUCCGUAAAAAGACCGCUUCUGCUCACCAUCCAUUGAAGGUAUCACAUCGAGUGCUUGCUGGUCUUGCACAUGUCAAUGACACCAUUCAUCGCCGCAACAACAAGCAGCUUCAAAGCCGUGUCUACAUGCUCGAGAAUCGUCUAAGCGAAGAGACUGCUAUGCGCAUGGCUUUCGAAAAGGCUAUGGAGGACAUGACCAUUCUGAUGGAUCACCAGCAUCAGGUGCUGCAUCAACGUGUCGAGCAAGAAGUCAAUAUGAGACAAACGUACGAACGCAAGAUGGAACAAGUCAUGGCUCAAGUACAGCCUCUCGAAUCUCGUCUUCGUCAUGAAUCCAAGGCAAGAGCUGAUAUGGAAUCCAUGAUGUCUCGAGUUCUCGAUCAACUCCACGAAUUGAAGGUACACUCAAAAGAGGAAGCCGAGCGCAGAAAGUCUUUACAACGCAAAUUCGACGCUGCAACCGAGGAAAUUACCUGCUUGAAGCAGCAACAACGCCCAACAGUACGUCCUAGUAGUAGAUCUACUUUAGGGGCUACUCCCACACAGCAAUUGCGUUCAACAUCUAGACUUUCGACCGCAAGCAAGAGUAACAGAGCAUCUCCUAUUCCUCCUCCCAAAACACCCACAGCAGAUAUCGGUGCUAGACGACCCUUGACCUCAUCGACUACAUCAAGAUCUACGGUAUCUCGAUUAUCUAGCCGCACAACAACCCCUUCAACACUACAAACUAGAAGAACUGUAGCAACUACAACAGCACCUUCUAAAAGAACUGUCAUUAAUAGAAAACCCUAA